AGUAUUGUUCCCCUGGAUCAAACAGCGGACCUGUAUGUGCAUGUGGAAUAGCAAUAGCUGUUGGAGCUGAUACUUUCAUCUUUAACAAAUGUUACAACACCAUAUUCAAAUUCGACUUAAUAUGUAAUGAAGGUGGACUUAUUGAUAUCGACGAAAUGCAUCCCCACCAUUACAAGGUCAGAACACCAAUAGGUACCAUUAUCGACAUAGCAUUUCAUGGAUGGAGUAACACAAUGAACAUUGACAUAUACAUGUCUGCUAAAGAUUACGGCAAUGUUGAUGGCUUAUGUGGAACAUUUGAUGGCGACAGAAGCAAUGACCUUCUUCACAGAGAUAACAAAACCAUUUCAAAUGACAAUAAUCGGAGCUAUCGAUUCGCAGAUAGUUGGAGAUUGUCGGAUGAAGAAAACUUGUUUAAAAAUGAUGCACGCUUGCUGACGCCAUGGAACACACAAACGAACGGGAUGGCAGACCAGCCUUGUAGCAGACCUAACUCUAUAACAAAGAGGAAAUGUAAGAUUAAUCGUAGAAAUAGGCGAGAAACUCAAAUUCCCGUACAGCACAAACAUAGGAGCCGGGAGUCUGUAUCCCGAGAAAGAAGGAGCACAGACAGUUUCACAGAAGAAGAAGCAUUUGCACUGUGUAACAGCUCCAUUUAUAAUACUCCAGCAGUUAUGGAGUUUCCAGACUACCUUGCCGAAGAAGACCCGGAUAUAAUUGUUGAACAAUGUGUUUAUGAUUUGACUCAUGGGAACGACACAGGCUGGGUUGAUGCACAUGUCACUAAUGUAAACAAUGUCGCAGACACUGUUCUAAACCUCAAUCCUGUAUUUGUUGCAAAUAAUACAGACAAGGUUAACAGCUUUCGUUUGCAAAUUUGUUUGAACAAUUGUAGUGGAAAUGGUGAAUGCCUAAAGACAGGAGUGUGUGAAUGCCAUGGAACAUUCCGUGGACCAGACUGUAGUGAUGACAUAAGAAUACCUCCUGUAGUUUAUGGUAUAGAAGGAAAUGGAAUCUGUGAAUUGUCAGAAGAGGAUGACUGUACUUGCUUCGAAAUCCGAUCUGACAACAUGUUUGAUGGUUUCAUGUGUGAUAUAAGUAAACAUAGGGAAUAUCUCAAUGGUACUCGAGUUAAGAUGGAACAAUCUAUUCAUGCUGGUUACUAUGAGGAUAUCUUCACUGGCGAGUGUUGCGCACCUGAAAGUAGAAAAAGGCGAUCUGAAGAAAUCAACGAUGAUGAUCCUUUUGUUAUCUCGUAUGACAUUUCUGUCAGCAAUGAUGGUGCUGCCUAUGGUGAAAUCAACACCGUCUUUGUCUAUGAUACUACAUGCUUGACACAAAGUACAAGUCAAGGGAAUAUCAUGAUUGAACUGAAGGAUGGCUACUGCUUUAUCGACGGGAUUUGUGUAGUACGUAACUUUUUGUCACCGGUUGGUUGUUUACUUUGUGACCCGGAUUCAAAUCUUUACAGAUGGACGAAUGGUACCUGUGUAGAGGUAGAUUCACAAAUGACUACAGAAAUGAUUAUAGGAAUCGCUAUUGGAUGUGCUCUUGUUGUUGUUGUUGCCUCAGUUCUUCUUUGUUACUUCGUGUGUUGCAAAGGGUCACGUAAAAAACGGCAAGUUCAAGACUCCAACGUAUGUCUUCAAACGAAAGUAUCAAGCAUACGAUAUCUUCCCGAACCCGGGAAUACAUCGUUUAUGUAUAACAAACACAAACUGUGAGUUAAAAAAUAUAAACAGAUGCUGUGAAGAAUUGAAAAGUUGGAGAUUUUUAAACAGCUAUUAAUGUGUCGUCGUAGUUUGUUGAUUAUAAAUAUAAUCAUAACAGUUAACCUCGUGUUAACUUUAUACAAUGUAUGCAAAUGUUCUCUAUGAUAAAGUUCUUCCGAUCCUACACAAAACAGAUGAAAAUUGAAAGGUCUUGUCAUGGCAAAAUAAAAAUCUUGAGCGUUCAAUUUAAACAUUGCUAAAGCUUUUAGAUUAUGUCUUAGAAUAACAAGUAUUAAGAUUUCUAAAUUAGCAUAAGCAAACACAAAUUUAACGUGCUUUUGUAUAAAAUAAAUAUAGAAAAACAGAACAUAUCAUCUUUGAAAACAACAAUUUAGUUUUCGAUUUUUAUCAUGCACGGACAAUAAUAGGAUAUAUUUGUCAAGACUCUGAGUGACAAAAGGCUAGAUUACAAUCCAUUUUUAAUUAUCCUUACUCUGACUUAACAGGAAACUAUUUCAUGAAUUUAUUUGUGUUAUGUUUUUGUUAUAUCUAUAUUAACAGACAUUGUUGUAUAUGCUAACAUCUUUGGCAUGGUAUUUUUUUACUGAGGGUGUACAUUUUUGAAAAUUUAAAAUAACAUAAAACCUUGUAUUUUUUGUACAUUUAUUAUUAAAUAUAGCAUCAAUAGCUUAGAUUAUAUCAUUAAAUAACCGUAACAUAUAUAACAGAUUUCCAUAUACCCAUUCAAAAAUAAAAAUGCCUAGAUGGUGUUUCAAGUUCGUGUUUUGAUAUAGCUGAGUUAUAAUGACAGUUAUGUCUGGUUAUAGCCUGAAAACGGGAUUAUUUUUUAGGAGUCUGAGUGAGAGCAUCUAGGAAACAAACAACUUUAUCCCGUUUUCAGGACUUAACUAGGCAGUAGAACGUUUUUCUGUUGUUGUUUUUUUUUUAAUAAUUGGCAGUACUAAAUUAAAGGCAAAUCUUUGGUGGGCUACAUUAUUUGUUGAUAUUCUAACAAUUUCUUAAAAUAAAAAUAUAUUUUACCUUCUAAUCGACUAAUGUUUACACGAAAAAAGCAGUCCGUUUUAGAGCAUUUUGUAGGUGCGAGAUGACGUAGUAUCCUACCAUUGAAAUAAAUGGCUUAUUAAUUAAAUUUCACUAUAUGUUUUUAUAUCUGAAUGCUGUAAACUUACAGCAGAACUAAAAUGAUCAAAAUCAUUUAUUCUAACCAUUUCAAUAUAAAAAAGUAAACAACUCACAGUUUAUGUCAUCUUUAUGUAACAAUGAAGCUCAAAUCAUCAGAAGAAAUUUGUAUUGUAUAGAUAUAAUGGCAGUAGUUUUCUUAUCUGUAAAAGCGAAACUAGAUAACAAUAAUUGUAAAUACAACAAUCCAUACCGCCAGUAAGGUUGGCACGAUGAUUUAAUAAGGAAGCAAAAGGAAAGUGAUUGAAAUGUAAGUGAGCAAUAUUGUGAUAUUAAGCAUAUAUUCUACAACCCUUGUAAGUUGGUACUAAAUCACUUCGUAAGUAUUAUUUUUAAAUGUUAAGAUAUUAAGUUUCAUAUUGUGUGUUUGAUAGAUCAUACAAAGUU